AUGGCAGAGAUAGCAGUUGGAGCCGCAAUAUCCAUAAUCAAUAGGCUCAUUAACGGUUUUCUAGCAAAUUCCCAGCGCAAGGAACAGGCCACCGUCACUGAUUUUGAUUCCAUAAAAAAGUGUCUAAACACGAUGCAAGCCUACUUGAAGGAUACAGAAGAAAUAAGAGAAGUCACUGAAGGCUUCAAGGAUCAGGUGAAACAAGUACGUGAUUUAGCAUAUGAAAUAAAGGAUGCAAUUGAAGAGUAUAUGCUUGAGGUUCCUGAUCACUUUCAUGAGCAUAAAAUCACAAAAAUUCUUCAUCGUGUGGCUCACCCUGUAACUGACAAGAAACCCCUCUCUCGGUUGCUCUCAAGCGUGGAGACUAUCAAGGUCAUGAUGAAAGGUAUAGAAGAAUUAGAUCGUUUCCGCAUACUUCCAUCUGAACGAGCCUCGAGGAGUUCUGGUGCAGUUUGUUAUCCCAAAGUCAUGGAUUAUGAAUUAGUAGGCAUUGAGAAGCGUAGAGAUGAACUUAUUAAUCUCAUAAGAAGUCGAGAAUCGAGGAAGAUGGUGGUUUCAGUGUUUGGAGAUCGUGGCUCAGGUAAAACCACUCUCAUUGAGGAAGUUCAUGAAAAGCUGAAGGAAGAUUUUGAGUGUCAUGCUUUGGUUUCAGUUCCUCACCCUGUGCCUGUGGAGGGCAUAUCAGAUAAGAUUUGUGCAGCAAUGGAGAUACCAGUUCCCAAUAGACCCUCUCUUAUUUCCAUAACCUGGAUAAUUCCAUGUGUGAAACCGUAUUUUUUCAACCAAAGACAGCCCUACUUCCGCCGCUAA